CCCACGGUUCAUUGUCACUGAGUGGCGCUUCCCUGUAUGAGCGCGGUCUGGAGCGAGUGGAUUUUCUCAUUUUACCGGUGAUUUAUUUUUUAUUUUUUCGGACCGUCAUUCAGGGGCUGAAUGGCGUGGGACAGGUGUAAUCAGGAUUUGGUGUGGAGAGAACUAGAGUGUGCUGCCUUGGUUGGUGAAGACCAGCCCCUUUGCCCUGACCUGCCUGAGCUUGACCUCUCUGAGCUGGAUGUCAGUGACCUCGAUGCUGAUAGCUUUCUGGGUGGACUCAAAUGGUACAGUGACCAAUCAGAGAUAAUUUCCAGUCAGUAUGGCAAUGAAGCAUCAAACUUCUUUGAGAAGAUAGAUGACGAAAAUGAGGCCAACUUGCUGGCAGUGCUCACAGAGACCCUGAAUAGUAUCCCAGUGGACGAGGACGGGCUGCCUUCAUUCGAGGCUCUGGCAGAUGGGGACGUGACCAAUGCCAGUGAUCAGAGCUGUCCUUCCACCCCAGACCGCUCUCCACACACCCCAGAGCCAGAAGAGCCUUCCUUGCUGAAGAAGCUCCUUCUGGCGCCUGCUAACUCCCAACUCAGCUAUAAUCAAUACCCAGGUGGCAAGGCACAGAACCAUGCAGCCAGCAACAAACGGAUCAAACCAACACCUGCUGUUGCCAAGACAGAAAACCCCUGGAACAGCAAACCUCAAGGGGCCUGUCCCAAUCGCUCCAUAAGACGCCCUUGCACUGAGCUGCUCAAGUACCUCACCUCUAGCGAAGAGGCCUUCCAGACCAAAGCCAGUGAAGCCAAGAGCACCUGGGCAGGCUGCAGCAAGGAUAGGAGAGGGGCUUGCACCUCCUGCUCAUCGUCCUCCUCUCCAUCGUCCUCAUCGUCCUCCUCUUUCUCCUCUCUGUCAUCCUGCUCCUCCUCCACUGCCUCCAAAAAGAAGACAUCCUCUGCCUCCCUGUCAUCACAGCAACAGCAACAGCAGCAGCUGGCAGUGCAGGCCCAGCGAGGUGAGAGCCAGGCAGACGGCGCGUAUAGUGUGGCUGGUGAGAGGGCAGGGAAGUGGCGGCGGUGUACUCACGGGGAGCAAUCGGCCCCCAUUGUGCCAUGUGGCCAUGCUUGCUCCGGUGAAGAGGGUGCUGACCCAGGCAGCUUGGCCGCCGCCCGCUUUAUUAGGUACAUGCACUCUUACUCUCUCCCGCCUAGAGAGACGGGUCAUGCAGGCAGCUGUGGUCAUUGCCUUGAGGUGGGCGGCAGGGCUUAUGCUGGCCGUGCUAGUAGGCAUUUCACGGUGAACAUUAGGAAACAGAGGCAAGAGCUAGAGCACCCCAUGCUCAGUCAGCUGCUCACCUCCAGACCCAGGCCAGCCCGUUACCGGGCCCACCUGCAAUUGCCCAAUGUCCCCCAUAAUAUAAGGCAAUACCUAUCUGAGGAGGCUCGUAGAGUCCAAGAGAGUGAUGGACACUCAGAGCAAGCUAUUCAUGAGCAUGAUAGCAAGACACCCAAUUCACACGAUAAAACAUUUAGCCUGGCUGACCAGAGUGAUCUAGAGUGUUCAACAGAGCUUAAUCUAGACUUAGAGAGCUGGUUAAGCAAAACAGAAAGAGAAAGUUUGCGUGAUCUCGUGAGCCAAGCUGGGGGGGAGGAUGUUUUGAAUGAUGUCAUAGGCAGCCCCAUGUCAUUCUCACAGGGCCUGCCAAGCCCUUUGUUCCCAGACUUUUUAGUUCCAGAGCACACCCCCUCCGACUCACAAGGGCAGCGCCCAUAUAAACAGGCAAUCUGCAGGCACCUCGAUGACCAAGUCUCACCAAUGUUAGCCAAACCAACCAUCUUGCCACUUCCUUUGACCCCAGAGUCUCCAAAUGACCACAAGGGAUCUCCGUUUGAGAACAAAACCACUGAAUGCACAUUGAGUGUGGAGAUCUCUGGUACCCCAGGUUUGACACCACCUACCACACCUCCUCACAAAGCCAGUCAAGAGAACCCUUUCAAACUAUCACUUAAAAACAAGCUGUCUUCAUGCUCUUCCUCACCCUUGUCAAACAAAAGGCCUAGGCUGAGCAACGGCCAACAGCCAACCAGCAGCUCUAUUCGGAAGGGCCCAGAGCAGACUGAGCUCUAUGCGCAGCUGAGCAAGGCAUCCUCCACAAUGCCCCUAGGGGGCUCGGAGGAGCGUCGGGGCAAGCGGCCCAUGCCCCGUGUCUUUGGCGAUCAUGACUAUUGCCAGUCUACAAGCACAAAACGAGACAGCACUAAUACCACGGCUACAGCGGUUUCUGGGCCAAUGGAUGCCCAGCAUGUAGAAUGUAAAGACUCAAAAAUGCUAACCUCCUCUAUUAUUACAUCAUCUUUGUGUUCCGCCUCCCCUUCGUCUUCCUCUCUGGCCAGGCAGCUUCAGGACCUUUCACCCCCAGCUCAGGAGACUUGUCUGGAUAUGGAUGCUCUCAGACAGGACCACGACUCCACUUCGGGCCCCAAAAUUUCAGUAGAUUGCACUUCUUCUGGCAGGAAAUUACUUAGAGACCAGGAGAUCCGGGAAGAGCUCAACAAGCACUUUGGAAACCCUCAGCAAGCCUUCAUUAGUGUGGAAGAGGGAAAGCAGAAAGGCACCCAGCUGCUAGAGGACAGUGACACUGGGGAUGAAUACUCUGGCCUUCUCGGACACUUCAUUCACCAAGGUCUGCCAUACUUCGAGGAUCUGGAGGUAGGCCGGGAGCGCCUACUCCGCUUGGGGGAAGGUUUUCCACUUGAACUGCUCCUCGAAGGGUCGCCCUGUAGCUCCCCUUCCAGCAGUUCCUUGUCAUGGAACUCUGUCUCACCUCCGUCCACUAAGUUGUCCCCACGCUGGCCACGCACCCGCUCCCGUUCUUCAUCUCACCACAGAUGCAGAUCCCUCUCCAGGUCUCCAUACUCCCACUCUGAGUCUCCCGACUGCCGUUCUCCCACUAGGUCUCCUGACAAUAUGGACAAUAGCACUUUUAUUCCCAGAAUUUAUAGAAGCCCUCAAUCCCAGUCUCAUUCCAUUUUUGGUCGGAGGCCCAGGUAUGAUAGCUAUGAGGAUUAUCAGCAUGAUUGCCUGAAGCGGGAAGAGUAUCGACGCAACUAUGAAAAGCGAGAGUGCGAGAGGACUGAGCAGAGGGAGAGACAACGGCAAACAGCAAUAGAGGAGAGGCGAGUGGUGUAUGUGGGACGUCUUUAUGCCGACAUCACACGCACCGAGCUCAAGCGCCGCUUUGAAGUCUUUGGUGAGAUUGAGGAGAGUACAGUCAACUUGAGACAUGACGGGGACAAUUUUGGCUUCAUCACUUACCGCUACACUUGUGAUGCGCUCGCUGCCCUUGAGAAUGGACACACCUUGCGCAAGUCGAAUGAGCCUCACUUUGAGCUAUGCCUUGGUGGACAAAAGCAGUUCAGUAACUCGAACUACACAGACUUAGAUUCCCAUUCUGAUGACUUUGAUCCAGCCUCAACUAAAAGCAAGUAUGACUCCAUGGAUUUUGACAGCUUGCUGCGAGAGGCCCAGUACAGCCUGAGAAGGUAAUGAGCACCACUGCACCGGCUGGCUACAAAGAGAGGAAUUUUCAAUACCUCACUGUUGUUUCUGUUCUUUGAAUACAAGACUACCAGAAGUUUUACACUUUAUGAAAAUGGAAAGAAUAUAUGUAUAUGAAAAAAAAGUUAUACAUAUAUAAAGGGAUAUACAGUAAAUAUGUAUACCUGCAAGCAAAGUUUACAUGAACCUAGCUGCUGCAAAGCUGAGAAGAGACAUUACCUUUGGGAAUAGCCAGUGAAGUAGUGCAGUGGACACUACUUUUGUGGACUACACUGAUCUGAGUGUGUGUGCGUGUGUGUGCGUGUGUGUGUGUGUGUGUGUGUGUGUGUGUGUGUGUGUGUGUGUGUGUGUGUGUGUGUGUGUGUGUGUGUGCUGUACUGCUAUGUGAGGCUCUGAAAGAGACAUUUCUUCAUCAGAGUUUCUCCACACACCACAUCACCCUCAGCGCUUUUGAGAGGGGGAAAAAUGUGCAGCUUGUUCAAUCUGUUUUUAUUGUUUGGAGUUUAUUUUUCUGGGUUUUUUUAAUCUGGUGUUUGGAUGUGGUGUUAAUUUAUCGAUAUGGGUUUGGGAAAAUAUCUUGGAUGUUCAAGGUAGCGUUCUCUACAUUUAUUGAGGGAAAAAAAUGUAGUUGCCUAUUUACAAAUAUAACUAAAAUUAUUAGUUUUAUUUCAUGUGCACAUCAGCAUUCUUUGUUUGUUACAGCUAUGCACUGUAAAAUGCAGCCUUUUUUAAUAUGAAAUUUUCUUAAUUGAGAAUGUUGAUCAUUACAAUGAUGUAUAACCAACAUGGCGUUUAGAUGACAUGAUUUGAUUGUAAAAACAUGUAUGGAGAUUUAUCGCUCUUUUUAGGGGAAUGAAACAGAUUUUUGUCUCUAUUUUGCUUUUGUUAUUUUCUUUUGUUUUUUAAGAUUUAUUUUAUUUAAAAAACUCCAUGUGCAUUUUCAUCCAAUAUAAAUGAUGAAGUUAAUGACUCAGUGUUUUGCUUAUACAUGCAGUGUAAGAUAGAUUGUCAUGGGUUUAUGUUCACAAUUGUAAAAAAAAAAAAAAGAAAAAAGAUAUUUUUCUAUCCUUUAUGUAUGAGGGAAUCAAUAGCUUAUAUUUAAUUUAUCUGUGCACUCAAAUCAUUGUUAUUGUUCCUGUUUGAUAAUACACUUUCAUAAAGAGAUAACUAACACAAAAUAACUCAUACAUACGUAUUUAUGUAUUUAUCUCAGUAUUCUAAUCAAAAUAUUUAUGGCUGCCAUCUCACGUGAUGCGCCUUAUACAUUUUUGCUAUUUAUAUAAUUUGUAAUUCAACAAUCACUGGAAAUUGUAUAAAUUAAAUGUUCUAAGAAAAUAUUGUUUUUCUAUACCUUCAGAGAUAGAAAUAAAACAUUGUAUGAUCACUAUUUUAGGCUUAUUAUGAACUUUGCUGCUCCAAACUCAAGUGAUUUAUUUGUCCACUUGUUUUCCAGCUCUAAAACACUUCCAUCCCCCUUUUUCAUCUCUUUUUUAUUACAUGAAGCAAUAAAAUAAUUUUGCAGGUAUUUUGUUGUACCACAGUCUUUGCUCCACACUUCUGAUUAUGUGAAUGCCAAACUGAAGUUUACAUUUAUUUUCCUGAAUUUUUCAAAAAGAAAAAUAUGUAUUUGAUGUAAAUGGUAAAUAAUAUAUAUGAUCAUACUAAUCUUGUCAUUCAUUACUCACAAUAAUUCAAAAUAAUGAAGCGUUAGAAUGGAAUAUGAAAAUGUGAAUAAAAAAAAUAUAUUUUUCAAAGCUGUAUGUUAGCUUAUGUUGUUGUAUGGUUUUAGACAUGACAAAUUACCCAGACUCUGUUAAAAAAUGGGGAAUCAGAACAUGGAAAGAGAAAUCAUCUUCCCCUCUGUGUGCCAGCUAUGAAUGUAUGUGUGUGUCUGAGUGUGUGUGUGUGUGUGUGUAAGGUCUGCAUUAAAGAAAUGCAAUAUAAACAAUGAGUUGUAGGGUUAAAACUCCAAAAACUGCAUAUCAACAAAGGUUUGCUAAAAGUAAGACCAUUUGCUUCUACAAAGACAGCUCCCUAUGGCUUUGUUCACACUGCAGGAAAAAUCAGAUUUUCCUCAAAUCUGAGUGACUGUUCAGACUACAGUCACUUUUUCUAUCACGUCCACAUUAGUUGUCAUGGUAACACAGAAAAUUGUGUAUAUUCACCAUGUAUGAAAUUUUAACAAUGGAUGUUUUACCAUUGAUUAUGCUUUUCUUGAGGGCAGUAUACAAAUAUGAACAUUCUUCACAGACAACGGUUUAAAAAUGGGAAAGGUGGCAUAUGCAAUGUUUGUUGCUGCUAGUGUUGUUGCUGCCCGUUUUAGCGGGGAAGUCCUGUAUUUUGGCCGAAAUUACAACGUCUCAUACGCGACUCCUUUUUAUCUUGAGGCCCUUUAUUUUAGUAGAGUGAAACAUCCCGUAUUGAAGGCUUUGUGUCCUGUAUUAAAUCAUAAAACGGUUGGACAGUGAGAUAAGGACCCACGUCCUAUGAUAAAAAGCUCAAGUGCCCCGUAUUCACGUGACAUUAAAUACUUUAUCACGUUGUGGUUUCUCAUAACCGGUAUGGAUUACUGCACCUUAGUGCAUAUCUUUGGGUAAAUUAAGCCAAUUUAGGUGUUAUUAUAAGAGGUUUGCAGUGCUUUCAUGCCCUGUAACAUAUAAAUGACAUAUGGGUGUGUUUCAUUCAGAAGUGAUCUCUAUGCCCUGUUUACCUUCCACUGUGAGUGUUUUGUAUGGCUGAAAUGUGUAAAAAAAAAAAAAAAAAGAACACAGGCUAAGCUCACAUUAGAAGUAAUUUUUAUUGAAAAUUCUGUUUGUAACGAUCCUACUGCAUGGCCAUCAUUAUUGUAUUAAAUUCAAAGUGCCCUGUAAAGGCAUUAAUUAUGUAGUUCGGAGUGCAAUAUUUUUUCUCGUAGCAAAGCCUAUAAUGACUGUCACACACAACAAAUUAUGAAGAAAAAAAAUCUAUCUGACCAUUCACACAUUAAUACACGAUAAAAAUACGAUUUUAAUCCGAGGCUUGUAAAAAUCGGAUUUAAUGCGUUUUUGUCAUGUUCAGGCUACAAAAACCUAAACGGAUUUGAGUGACUGCAUCAAAAUAAUUGGAUUUUUCUCUACCUGUGUGAACAUAUGAUUUCUAGUUAAUCAAAACCACAAAAUAAAGUCUGUUUCCAAAGCAAGAGCUACCUUUGUCUUAGUUUAGCAUACCUUUGUCUUAUCUUUAGCAUAGUUUGAAGAUACCUAUUUAUAAUUAAAAAAGCCGAAACUCAACAGUACCUAGUCACUGAUACUUAAGGUAACCUUGCAGUUCUUGUCAAGUAAUAUCAGUUUUUGUUGUUGUGCUAAAAUGUUUUUGAUUUAACGAAUUUACCUUUAAAGACCCUGAUGUGUUUUAGUUUAUAUUAAACUAAAAAAGUCAGAGCAAUUUUCAAAAGCAGUUAUGGUAUAUGAGACUGUCUAAUUUAAGCAAUACAAAGGGUUUCAGAAACCUUUUCUACUUUUUUCUCUCUGCUCAGAGCUUGGGUAUGAAGUCAUGUCUCAUUUGAUAUAGUAUGUGGCUUCAGUCAUUGCAACAUAUAUGAUGCAAAUCUGCUUUGUAAAUUGCUGGAGUAGCAAAAUGUUACAACACCUGACUGGGUGUAUCUUUUGGAGUGGCAGACUUUUUACCACAGUGAAAAUUACUGAAGUAUUUGCCACUGCUUUUGGACAUAUUAUUGUUAUUAUAAUUGUUUUAUUUUCAUUUUUUUUCUUCAUUUAUUUCAUGAAGAACAGGAUAUAUUAAGGCUGUGUGUGGUUUUGUGUGUGAAUUUGAUAGAAUGUGUGUGUAUUUUGGGUGAAGGGGACUGUGUUCGGCAGUUAUCUUCUAGUUGUCUCCUAUAUCUGUUGCCUUCUGCUGAGACCUAAACAAUGCCUUUGUAGUUGUACAUUAUUGUACAAUAUUUGUUGUGAUUUUUUUUUAUGUGUAGUUUUCAUCAUCCUCACCAUGCCAAUAAAGGGAAAUGUAUCUAAUUUCUAUCUUUCCUCCUUUUUGUGAAUUGUGCACAUUUACACCUGAAAACAAUUAAAAG